UUUUUUUCCCCCCUUGCCUUGGAGCGGGACCGGGCCUCUGCCGGCUGGGCUUGGUUCCCAUUGCUGUCAGACUCUUCACCCGGGAGCGUGGUGAGCCUGUGGCCCUGGGCUGUGCUCUCCCGGCUUCAGUGCUCACUCUGGUACCAGCCUUCAGAGGACGGAGUGAAUUCCUCGGCCUCCUAGCGACGAGGGACGGGUGCGAACUGAGGGAGCGGCGGCGCAGUUCGCAUAGCUCAGGCGCUAGCUGGAACCCCGGAGCCCGGCCCAAACGGGAGCUGAAGCCCGGAGCUUGGAAGAAUAAGCGGGAAAUGGCGGACGAGGCGCUGUUUUUGCUUCUCCAUAACGAGAUGGUGUCUGGGGUGUACAAGUCCGCGGAGCAGGGGGAGGUGGAAAAUGGACGCUGUAUUACUAAACUGGAAAACAUGGGGUUUCGAGUGGGACAAGGAUUGAUAGAAAGGUUUACAAAAGAUACUGCAAGGUUCAAGGAUGAGUUAGAUAUCAUGAAAUUCAUUUGUAAAGAUUUUUGGACUACAGUAUUUAAGAAACAAAUCGACAAUCUACGGACAAAUCAUCAGGGCAUCUAUGUACUUCAGGACAACAAAUUUCGUCUGCUUACUCAGAUGUCUGCAGGAAAACAGUAUUUAGAACAUGCAUCUAAGUAUUUAGCAUUUACAUGUGGCUUAAUCAGAGGUGGCUUAUCAAACUUGGGGAUAAAAAGUAUUGUAACAGCUGAAGUGUCUUCAAUGCCUGCCUGUAAAUUUCAAGUGAUGAUACAGAAGCUGUAGAACAUACUGAAAUGAAAGUCUUCAUCAGUGUAAAGAGAUAAAUUAUUCAUAUAUAAAGUAUUUCAAGUAGCAAUGAUUUAAUUACACUUUUGGACAUUUGUUUUGAUGUAAACUAUUUGCUAACUUCUGUAAUGAAAGAUGCACUCUGAAGCAGGUGUACAGUUGUAUUUUAUCAAUUUAACACAGACCAAGUUAAAGCAGGUAAAGAGACAUUCUACCAGAAUGCACACUUUAGUGAGACUAUUGAGAAUGAAAACCUGAUUUCAAAUAACUAAAUACCAAGAUAUAGGAUCCUUAUUUUAAAUAUUAUUUGCUCAGAGUGGUGUGUAUUUAAUUACAGAUGGAGAAGCAAAACUCAGGGUUUCAUAAAUUAGCAUAAAGAAAAGUAUGCAUCAGUCAGAAUCAUUUGUAAGAAUGAACAAAGUUUGGGUUUGUUUUAUGAAUUUGUCUUAUUUAAGAAAAGUAAACAGUAUGAUAUUAAACUUAAUUUUUAUUUUAUUGAUUAUAAUUUAUUUCUAUUAAUGCCUUUUAUGCCUGUAUAAGUUCAUUACUUACAUUGUGUGUUGUGUGUGCGAUAUAUAUAUAGACACAUAGAUGUACACACAUAUACAUCAUAUCUAAACUGCUUAAAUUACUUAAAAACUUAAUUUCAUUUUAAUAGAACUCAGUGCUUGAGAACUCCAGUAAUGUACUACAAGUGAAAUAUAGAUUAGUUGAAAUGUGAAUUCAGUGACUCUAGGGCCAAAGAAUAUUAUUCCUAUUUAAGAAGAACUUUUUAUUCUUAGUCCUGUUACAGUCUUGACUAUCAGCUUCUCUUCCCAAGUGUGGAAGUGCUGAUGAAGGUUCUAACAUCUUUAUGUUUCUUCCUAGUUAUUAUUCCCCAAGGGCAGGAGGGUGGAUAAUUGGUUUAGUCACAUCAACAUUCAUCAGACCAUACCUUCUCUGGGGGUUGGGGAUGAGUGCACAUCUAGUAUCUCUCUCACCUCCUCUCCUAUCUGAUGACCAUAAAGGGACAAGCAUGAAGAUGAAAGCCAUUGCAGUGAAGAUAGCAGGAUGCACAGGUAGAAAGCACCUGAAAUGUGCUUCUGAAUUAACCAGUUCUGGAACUGCUUUACCUUUGGACUUUUUGUUAUGUGAGAUGAUAAAUUCCUUUUAUUGUUCAGUUCACUUUUGGUUGUGUAUUUUAUAUUUUUGGCCAAAAAGAAGUCUCUUGUAACAGAGACAAGAGGAGAGUUAGAUUAUACAACAUCAGUGUGGGAGAGUUGACUUUCUUUUUUAGGGGGUUGGGUGGGAAGGGGUAAAGGAAAACACUUAGAGGUUUACAUGUAGAACAAUAAAACUAAAGGACUAAAGAAAAUAAAAGAUUAGUUUGAUAAUCAUAGUAGAGAAGGCCUUUUCAAAACACGUUAAAAAUUACAAGGAAAAUUUGAAAAAUACACAUAUAUCUUCAACAAAUGGUAUUGGGAAAACUGGAUAUGCACAUGCAGAAGAAUGAAAUUGGGCCCCUAUGCCAUACAUGGAAAUCAACUCAAAGGGGAUUAAAGACUUAGACUUAAGACCUGGAACUAUAAAGCUCCUAGAAGAAAACAGAGGGGAAAAACUUUAUAAUGUUCACCUUAGCAAUGAUUUGAGUUUAACACCAAAAACACAGGCAACAAAAGUGAAAAUAGAUAAGUGGAACUCAGUGAACUGCACAGCAAAGGAAACAAAAUCACUGGAGUGACAGCCUAUGGACUGGGGAAAAUAUUUGCAAGCUAUAUAUCUGAUAAGGGGUUAAUACUCAGAAUAUAUACGGAACUCCUAUAACUCAGUAGCAAGCAAAACAAAAAAAACAAAUGUAUAAGGAAGUUAGAUACUUCUCCAAAGAAGAUACACAAACAGCCAACAGGUAUGAAAACACUCAAUAUCACUAAUCAUCAGGGAAAUGAAAAUCAAAACUGCAGUGAGAUUCACCUUACACUUGUUACGAUGGCCAUUAUAACAACCAAAAAAACCUCAGAAAAUAAGUGUUGGCAAGGAUGUGGAGAAAUUGGAACCUUUUUGUAUGUUAGUAGGAAUGUUAAAUGAUAGAGCCACUAUGGAAAAUGGUAGAGUUUCCAUAAAAAAUUAAAACUAGAGCUACCAUAUAAUCCUUCAAUCCCACUUGUAUUUAUUCAAAAGAAGUGAAAUCAGGAUCUUGAUAAAGUAUUUAUACUUCCUUAUUUAUUACAACAUUAUUCACAAUAGCCAAGAAGUGGGAACAUAAAUGAAUGGAUACAGAUCAAUGUACAUUCACUGGAAUAUUACUCAGCCUUAAAAAAGAAAGUCCUGUCAUAUGUGACAGAAUGAAUAAACCUAAGAAGUUAUGCCAAGUGAAAUAAGCCAGUCACAGAACGGCAGACAUCACAUUAUUUUAUUUAUAUGAGAUAUCUAAUCAAAUUCAUAAAAGAAUAGUAUGUUGUGAUAGAAUGUGUCCUUUGGGAAAGGACAAUGAGUAUAGAGUUUUGGUAUGCAAGAUGAAAAAGCUCGAGAUGUAUACAGCAGUUUGCAUAUAGGUAAAAGUACUGUACACUUAAAAAUUUGUCAAAAGAAUAGAGUACAUGUUACAUGUUUUUUACUUCACAAAAACUAAUGACAAAAAUUUAAAAACCACUUGCAUGGGAAAAACAUGGAAAAUUUUGAAGGAAAAAUACAGUGCUACUAUAGAGAUAAGUGAAUAUCUGCACUGUAAAAGAGCACUUAUCAAUUUAAAAAGUACAUAUUCUUUAACUCUGCCAUUCUAUUUCUACAAAUUGAAGGUAGUCAAAGGUUACAAACUUGUAGUUAGAAGAUGAAUGAAUUCUAGGGACGUGGCUUACAGCAUGGUUAAGUGUGUUAACCAUGCAACAUUGUAUAUUUGAAAGUUACUGAGACAGUAGGUCUUAAAAGUUCUCACCACACAAAAGAAAUUGUGACUGAGGUGGUGAAUGUGUUCAUUAAUCUUACUGUGGUAAUCAUUUUACAAUAUAUAUGUAUUUCAAAUCGU